AUGCUGCAAGCAGUAACCGCCAUCGCUACCAACAUGCUCGCCGUAGCAGGAGCUCUCUACCUCUCCAACCUGGCCUACACAUUCAUGUCUCGUGUAUACUCUCUCUAUGGACCAUCUCCCAUCUCCAUCUCCAAAUACACGGCAGACAAUGCAUGGGCCAUAGUAACAGGUGCCUCGGACGGAAUCGGAAAAGAGUUCGCACUCGCUCUUGCCAAGCGUGGAUUCAACAUUCUCAUCAUGGCCCGCACUCAAUCUAAACUCGAUGCUGUAGCAAAGGAGGCUAAAGAAAAGGCAAACAAGAAAAUCGAAUGUAAAGUCAUUGCAUUUGAUUUUAUGAAUGCUAGUGACGCCGAGUAUGCAUCGCUACAAAAGACACUUGAUUCGUUGAAUGUCACUGUAUUGGUAAAUAACGUCGGUGUAAACCAUGACAUCCCAACUCCAUUCGUCGACGAAACAGCUGCUACCAUCGAUGGCAUAGUCCAAGUAAACGUUAAAGCCACAAUGAAAAUUACCCGUAUCGUACUCCCAGCCAUGAUUGCCAAACAUAAAGGCAUCAUCCUCAACCUCGGAUCAUUCGCAGGUCAGGUCCCAACAGGCUACCUCUCUGUCUACUCGGCAUCCAAGGCUUGGCUCAAAUCAUGGUCGCUGGCUCUCGACCAGGAAGUCAAAUCCAAGGGGGUUAUAGUCCAGCACUUGAAUACCUACUUUGUCACUACGGGAAUGUCAAAAAUACGAAAGGCUUCCAUGACGACACCCACUGCCAAGGAUUAUGUGAGGGCUGCUAUUGCUAGUAUUGGUAAAGGUCCUAAUGUUACCCCGUUUUGGAGCCACUCGUGGGCUGAAUGGGCAAUGACGACGUUUGUGCCAGAGGCUUACUUGGUUGGGUAUAGUGCGUCGUUGAAUGCCGGGAUACGUAAGAGGGCAUUGGCAAAGAGGGAACGGGAAUCGAAGCGUGAUAAUUAG